AUGGAGAACACCACUGGGGAUAACCCACCGGGCACUGAUUUGAGGGAUGAAGCCCUCCGCCGUGCUAAGAAAAAGUACAAGAAGCGUAGAUCUGAUUCUAGUCCUGAUAGAGGGAUGAUGGAGGAGACUGGAGUGCCUGCUAGACCUCCUAGUAGCCCCUCGGCUAAUGCCCCGUCGAAGUUUGUUUCGUAUCGGGAUAGAGUGACUGGAAAUUUUGAGGAAGAAGAUUCAACCUGGGAGGAAUGGACUGAGGACGCUGAAGGUGAUGAUUGCAUCAUGUUUGAUGAUAGCGUAUCUGAUGAGGAAGACGGUGCUCCUUCUGAUUCACAUGUUAAAUUUACGCCUGAUGAGAAGCGUUUACUGCGCAAACCUUGGAGGAAGUCCCUCAUUGUUAAGCUACUGGGGAAGGUUCUUGGUUUCAAAGCGUUGUCGGCGAAAAUCAAAACCUUGUGGCAGAUUAAGGGAAAGUAUAAGAUUAUUGAUCUGGGGAAUGACUAUUUCUUGUUCAAGUUCCAGCAUAAGUCGGAUUACACUCAUGCUCUUGAUGGCGGUCCUUGGAUUAUUGGAGGGCAUUACUUGACUGUACGGCAAUGGAAGCAUAACUUCCAACCAGAUUCUGAUAAGAUUAAUUCCAUUAUUGCAUGGAUUCGCCUUCCACAAUUACCUUUGGAGUAUUAUCCAAAUAUGGCGGUGCGGAGGAUUGCCUCCACCGUUGGGAGGGUGAUAAGGCUGGAUAAGACAACAGAGACGGUCGAUCGUGGUGGCUUUGCUAGAGUCUGUGUAGAUUUGGAUUUAACUGCUCCAUUGAAAUCGUUUGUUCAUAUUGGUGAUUUGAUCCAAAGGGUGGAGUAUGAAGGACUGCAUUUGAUUUGCUUUAGUUGUGGACAGUUUGGCCAUCGAAAGGACGCUUGUUCCAUGUCUCCUACUAUGUCCUCAACUUCUGUUGAUGGCUCUGAGCCAUCUGGUGGCAACUCGGCCUCAUCUCAAAACCCUGAUGUGUCUUCUUCCACUCCGGGGUUUGGACCUUGGAUGAUUGUCCAACGGAAAGUUCGCCGGCUGGUGAAGGAAACGGUUGAAAAAGGAAAGAAUAAGAUAGAUCUGAAUCCAGGGCAUAAUUUGCGGAAUCGAUUUUCCUCUCUUAGCGGGAUUGAGGAUUCAUCUAGGGAAAAUUUCAAGGAGCCUGUCUCGGCGGUGUCUAAGGAGAAAUUUAAGGAAUCGGUUGGUUAUGGCCAAAAGGUUUGGAAACCGAAAAAAGAUUUGGGUUUGACAGAACAGACUAAAUCCUCGAAUAAAGGGAAACCUAAAGUGGGUAUUAAAAAGUCAGUUCCACCCCCUGUUGUUCGAAGUGAUGGUUCUUCCUUUAUUUGGUUUGGGCGUAAUUUAUGUAAUGGGCCGCCACCUGGGUUUUCUUUUAAAGCUGGGUCUAAUACCCAAAUUACUUUGGACCCAAAAAGAUUGGAGGAGUUAGUUGGGUCUAGCCAUUUUGGUCUUUCUCAUCUUAUGGCACAGCAAAAUUCUACGACUGCAGCAGAUACUGGUGUUUCAGGGGAGUCUGUUUCUGCGAUGGUUGUAGGUGACAUAAGGUGUGGUGAUGAGAUGAUUUUGCCCACUGAUGCCGUUUGUCUUCCACCGCAACAGCCGCCUUCGGUGGUGGUGGAACAAGCAAAUUCUGCUUUGAUUCAGAAGGUGAAUGAUGCCUCGGAUGAAAAGGAUGUUUCUACCAUGGAUGCUGCUCAAUCUAAGGAGCUUGUCCAUAAGCCUUCAAUUUUUGCAAUAGUUGAGCCUAGAAUUUCAGGUUCAAGAGCGAAGUGUGUUCUUCGUAAAUUAAAGUUUCCAAAAUGGCAUGUGGCGGAUCCGGUUGGUUUUGCAGGUGGUAUUUGGUUGAAUUGGGAUGAUGCUGCAGUCCAGUUAACGAUAAUUAUUUCUUCUCCUCAGCUUGUACAUGCCCUUGUUAAACCUAAGGAUCAGGAGGAGUUCAUGCUGACGGUUGUAUAUGCUAGUCCAAAGUUGGAAGUUCGAAGGAUUUUGUGGACUCAUAUGGAAGAUCUUGCGCGAACUAUCACUUUGCCUUGGGUGGUUUUAGGAGAUUUUAAUGAUGUUUUGAAUGGAGGGGAGAAGAUGGGUGGGUUUUAUGGUCCUGCUUUUACUUGGUGUAACAGGAGGAAGGGUUUAAGGAAAAUUCAAGAACGACUUGAUCGUGUUCUUGCUAGGCUUAAUUGGCGUGUUAUGUUUCCCGAGGCUGCAGUUAUACAUCUUCCUCGAGUUCAUUCGGAUCAUAACCCAGUGCUGUUGAGAUUGGAACCUCAUGUACCGGGGGAUAAAAGCCAGCGCCCCUUUCGGUUUCAAGCUAUGUGGCGUGCUGAAUGUGGUUUUGAUGAGAUGAUGAGCAAGUUGUGGAGGGAACUUGAUGGUUCAUUUGUAGAUAGAACGGAGAAGCUUGCCUCGGCUCUUUUGGAAUGGAAUAAAGCGGAUUUUGGUAAUAUUUUUGCAAAAAAGAAGGAGUUGCGAGCUAGAAUUAAUGGUGUUCAGAGAGCAUUGGCGGUACAUAGAUCCCAUCAGCUUGAAUUGUUAGAGGAGGAUUUGGUCUCACAGUAUGAUAAGAUUUUGGAAAAAGAAGAAUUGUUUUGGGCCCAAAAUUCUCGGGUUCAGUGGAUAAUGCAUGGUGAUCGUAAUACUAAUUUUUUCCAUUUUUCUACUGUUAUUCGUAGGAGGCGGAAUAAGAUUUUAUUGUUGAGGGAUGCUACCUCGGGUGAAUGGGUGUCGGAUCAAGGGGAGUUGAUGCGAAUGGUUGUGGCUUUCUUUCGAAACUUGUUCUCCAUUGAGGAUGGUGAUGUUCGGCCUUUGGGGAUUGUUCCUCAUCCUGUCUUAUCUCCUGUUGACGUCCUUAAUAUGGAUAAGAGAAUCUCCCUUGCUGAAGUUCGAAGUGCGCUUUUUCAAAUGAAACCAUGGAAAGCUCCGGGGGUUGAUGGGUUCCAAGCAGGUGUUUACCAGGCCUAUUGGGAUGAUUUUGGUACUUAUUUGUAUCAAUUGGUGUUGGAGGCUUUUGAUUCUGGUUCUUUCUCACCCGAACUUAACCGCACGUUACUUGUUCUUAUUCCUAAAGUGCAGCAGCCGGAGUAUGUGAAACAGUUUCGGCCUAUUAGCUUAUGUACUGUGGCUUAUAAGUUGAUUACGAAGGUGCUUGUUAAUAGGUUAAGACCUCUGCUUGAUAAUCUUGUGGGUCCUUUGCAAUCGAGUUUUAUUCCAGGUCACCAAGCAGCAGAUAAUGUGUUUAUUGCCCAGGAGAUGAUUCAUACUAUCCGCCGUUCAAGGAGUAAACUAGGUUUGAUGGCGAUUAAAAUUGAUUUAGAGAAAGCUUAUGAUCGUGUCCGAUGGGACUUUUUGCGAGAUACUCUUAUUGUGUUUGGGUUUCCUGAUAGUUGGGUUCAGCUUAUUAUGUAUUGUGUUGAGAGCUCUUCUAUGUCAGUUAUGUGGAAUGGUGAGAAAACUGACUUCUUUUCUCCUGAUGACCUAUUUCUUUUUGGUCGUGCCUCGGAGAAGCAAGCGGAAACGGUUCGAGAGGUUUUGGACAGGUUUUGUUUGGCGUCGGGGGCAGAAGUAAGUUUGGAGAAGUCAAGAGUAUUUAUUUCUCCGAAAGCUUCUGGUAGUAAUGUGAGGCUUGUUAGCAAUCUUUUGGGCAUUGGUCUUACUAAUGAUCUUGGUAAAUACCUUGGUAUUCCUUUGGUACAUAAGAAAGUUGGGGUCUCUUUGUAUCGAGAAUUGAUUGAUAAAGUUGCUACUCACCUUAGUGGGUGGAAGGCAAAACUGUUGAAUAUGGCUGGUCGUGCAACUUUGGUGAGUUCGGUUAUGUCCUCUAUUCCAACGUAUACUAUGUUGACUACCAAGUUACCAGCUAGUUGCCGUAAUAAGUUGGAUAUGCUCAAUAGGCGGUUCUUAUGGGGUGGUACUGAGAACAAGAAGGCUCUUCAUCUUGUUAGUUGGGAUGAGGUUUGUAAACCUAAGAAAUUUGGGGGGCUUGGUCUUCGACAGAUGGAGUACAAUAACCGAGUUCUUCUCCAAAAAACGGCUUGGAGGUUCUUACAUCAACCUCAUAGUCUCUGGGUACAGUGCUUGUGUGCCAAAUAUCGCAUCCAGGGGGAUGUUUUUUAUUUUAUCCGAGAGGCCGGUUCUAGGAAAGCUUCAUGGUCAUCUUCUUGGAAGGGUCUAGCAGGGGCUUUGGAGGAACUCUUUUGUGGUUUGAAGAAGCGAGUUGGACGUGGUGAUAAGGAGAAUUUCGGUUUAGAGGACUGUUCUUAUGCGAAUAUAUGGAGUUUGCGAGUUCCUCUGAGAUGGAUUUUCUUUUUAUGGCUGGUGUGGCGUGGUCGUAUAGUUACUAAUGCUUUGCGAUACUCCUGGGGUAUCUCUUCUUCUGCUAUUUGUUCUAGUUGUAAUGGUGGUGUGGAGGAUAUUAUUCAUGUUUUGCGUGAUUGUGUGUGGGCUAAACAGGGUUUGAAUUUAAAGAAUCGGUCUGUUUCACAAGUAACCUUGUUUGUUACUACUAUUUGGCGCAUUUGGACCUCUAGGUGCAGGAGGGUUUUUGACCCAAAUGAGGUGGCUUCCUUGGAUGCUAUUGUUUACAAUAUUGCCGGUACUACUAAGAGUGUCAUUGCAGCUAUGUCGAUGCCAUCUCCUCCCACAGGACCGACGACUUCUAUCUCAUGGACCCCUCCAGGUGAACACUUUGUCAAGCUGAACACUGAUGGAGCUGCGAAAGGUAAUCCGGGUGCCGCUGGGGCUGGUGGUGUGAUUCGCAACACGGAAGGUGGAUGGGUUGUGGGCUUUGCUGCUCAUCUUGGUACCUGUUCGAAUGUUGCUGCUGAAUUGCAUGCUUUGCGUUUGGGGUUGACGCUUGCAUGGAGAGAAGGGUUUCGUGCUGUCAUUUGUGAGGUUGACGCCAAAGUGAUUCUUGAUCUACUUAACUCGGAUAACUUGGAGGUUCAUCCUUUGGGUGCCUUGCUUCUGGAUGUUAAGGAAAUGUUGAGUUGGAAUUGGCAGUGCUUUUGUCAACAUACGCUUCGUGAAGGAAAUUUCUGUGCGGAUAUGCUCUCCAAGAUGGGUUGUGACUUGGCUACGGAUAUGGAGUUUUUCUAUAGCCCUCCUUCAGGAGUUGUGGACAUUUUUGAGGCUGAUCGGCGGGGUGUGGCUUUCCCCCGAGGAUUUAAAUUCAGCUAG